AUGAGCGCUGUUAGUCAAGACGAAGCAGACCGGGUGCUACACCUCAAGAGUCGAGAGCGAGAGGCCCAUGCGUGCUACCCAUGCAGAAAGCGAAAGGUCAAAUGUGACGGGUGCCAACCAUGUCGUACCUGUCAGAAGCGAAAACACCCCGAGAUCUGCACCUACGCCAUUUCACAUUCGAGGCGCAGAUCGGCUUCUCGCAAUAGUGUCGCUCGCUCAGCUUCGCCCAGAUCACCGGCCGUAGCAAGCAACGAACAAGCACGUCCUGAUGAUAGCUCGAAGAGUUACGUCUAUUCUGGCGACAAUUCGGUUGCUUCGAUCCUGCGUAUGCGAGCAUCGGACGUCAAUGAAUCGGUGGCCCGCGAGGUUGGAUCUGUUCUUGGUCUGCAGAAUACCUUCAGCAAUUAUACUUUCAUGAACUCGAAGACGCCGCUUGAAAGGUGGAAGUCGCUGCUGACAAUAAUGCCUCAGAGACCAGAGGUCUUGAAAUUCUUCCACUUCUAUCGUGUCACAGCAUAUCCAUUCAAUCCAAUACUCGCUGAUAUAGACCGCUUUGAAUCUGAUCUGUGCACCUAUCUCAAUGCCCACGCAUCUGGUGAAUUACGCGACCCGGAGAAGAUCACUGAUCGCUGGGCAACUGCCAAGUCUAUUGGCCAUGUCGGCCUUUUACUGGCAACAUUGGCAGCAGGGGCGCAUUACUCCGAUAUUGGCUGUUCCGAACGAUUGGAACUGUCAACUGACUUUGCCCGUCGAUCAUUUCAUGCUCUCCGCUUGGCCAAUUUCCUGUUUCGGCCAUCACUAGAUAUUAUACAAGGGCUGCUUAUCUUAGGGAACACGUUGCAGAAUAUGGGACAGUCCGACGCCGCCUGGGCGUUACUGGGCACGACGAUCCGACUAGCUCAGACCAUGGGCCUGCACACUGAAAGAAGUACUGUUCACUGGCCUGAGCAUGUGAGAACGAAGGCCCGGGAUCUUUGGUCAACAAUUAUCUGGCAGGAUAGUCUACUGUGUCUUUGCUAUGACCGACCGCCUAUUGUCUCCGUGCCGGAAUGGACUCUCGCUAACACCUUUUUUGAGAGACAAGACUUGUCCUUCGCGGAGGUAAUGCAAUUGAUCUGUCGUAUAGGCUUAGAUAUUAUGCGACCGGAAAGCCUCGGCGUCGCUGAAUUUGAUCGAGCAUUGGAAGGGCUGCAGCGGCUGGAUUAUGCUCACCAACGCGGCUUACCAUAUCUUCGAUCGCGGGAAAACUGCAGAACAAUACAACAACAUCUCGAGCAUCUAGCUCUUAGAAUGCACACCUCCAUCUGUGUAUCGGUUCUCUGCCGACCGGUAAUGAAGCAAUCCACCCAACAACAUUUUCUCCACCAAGCUGGUAUUCUUCGGGCUCGUGCCAAAGGGAGUUUGAUCGAUGCUUCCAAGGCAUUUCUUGAUUUCCAGGCUCUGAGUACUGUUCCAUUGCGGACCUGGUCAAUGGUGCACACAGUUUUGAGUUCGACCCUGCUUCUCUGCAUCUGGGAAGAGACGCGCAAUGACCCCGAAUGUCGAAAUCUUCAACAGAAAGUCAUAGACGUCUUCUCAUCAUCUGAUUCAAGAACGAACGAUGAGGGUGCGUCCUUAUCCGACAGUGAUAGUCAAUGGUUGUCGGAUCGUCACAUCCGAGCCUUGGUGACCUUACGAAGCGCCUUGGAACGAGAGCAGGAGACGGGCGCUACUGAAAUGGAGAACUGGGCGGGAAUGGCCCCGAAUGUGGUGCCGCAGUUCGGCCCUGGGCCUGUUGGAUCCAUGGACAUGACCAACCCAUUCGACGUAUCACCCGUCACUUAUCUGGACUCGAUCAUGAACCUUCCAAUGUUCGAUUAUACGCAGGAAAAUGGAUUCCUAUGA